AUGGAACAAGAAAUAAUAGAAAUGAUUGAUUGGGUUGAUGGUCAUGUUGAUGAAGAAGGUGAUGUUGCAAGAGAAGUGGAGGAGGGUGAGGGUGAGGGUGAUGGUGAAGUUGGAACAGAAAUGGAGGAGGGUGGGUGUGAGGGCGAUACUAAAAUUGGAACAGAAAUGGUGGGGGGUGAGGGUGAUGGUCAUACUGUAGUUGGAACAAAAAUGGUGGAGGGUGAGGGUGAUGAUCAUACUGUAGUUGGAACACAAAUGGUGGAGGGUGAGGGUGAUGCCCAAGUUGAAACACAGAUGGAGGAGGUUGACAGUGAUGUUGCUAAAGAGCUGCAACAUGUAGUGGAGGCUGAGGUACAUGAUGUAGAGGAGGCUAAGGUACAUGAUGUAGAUGAUUUUGAGCUAGAGGAUGUAGAAGAGGAUGAGGAUGUAUGUAAGGGUGAGGAUGAGGAUUUAGAUGAGGCUGAUGAGGGUGAUGUACAUGAUGAUGAAGAUGUAGAUGAGGAUGUACAUGAGUUGGAUGAAGAUGUAGAUGAUGAUGAAGAAAGUCUAGUUGAUGUCAGCAUUCAGUGUGACAUUGGGACUUCUAAUGGAAAUGUGAGAGAAGAACCUUGCAUUUCACGGACAACUGAUAAUGAUGAUAUUGAUGAUGUGAGUGGCUUGUUUGACAUUGAGUGGUUGUCAGAUGAGUUGGUUAGUGGUCCAGAUAGUGAGGAGGAUGAUGAUUCCAUUAAGAUAGGGUUUCCCACUUUUAGUAUGCCUAAAAGUUUGGAGGAAUAUAAAUGA